CGCAAACCCAGACCCCGCCAAAGAGCACCAACGCAUAUUCCCAGUAGAAUCUGAUAACACCGUGUUUGGUUGGUCUUCGUCUCCCUCCCUCCGAAUCCCUUCCCCUUUUAUUCUGAUUUCUGCUCCUCUCCACCCUGCCUCCUAAACUACUCAAUCCCACAUAAAGAAAGUCAGACAGGAGCAGCUGAAUCAACGAAACGCCCGCCCUCAACAAAGGAAAAGCAGAGAUUUUUAAUUCUCAGCCCCUCGAAAGUCAACUUCAAGAAUAUCAAUUAUGGCGACCCCUCAGAUUUUGCAGAGAGAAGAAGAUCUUCUCUUAUGGCAGUCCCUCUUUGAUGACCCCAAAGGGGAUAAUUGCAGGAGAAAAUGAGAAGUGCAGAGGAACGGAUAUUGAGAAAAAGAUCGAGUUCCUGGAGAGCUUGACUGGAAAAGUCAGCAACCGGAGAUCUCGAAGAUGGUUAAAUGAUCGCCUUUUAAUGGAGCUCGUUCCUCGUCUAAAUGCAGAAGAAAUUAGAGGCUUGUUUGCUCCACCGCCUUGGGGUGAUGAUGUGCCACUGUCCCCAUUUAGCAUGACAAAUAUAGGAGAAUGGGACAAAUUUAGAACCGUGGAUAUGGAUAAAGAGACGAUGAUGAUAGAAGCCCUCAAAGGUUCAGGAAUGAAACAGAAAAGUUGUGGUGAUGCAGACAAGGUUGCUGUACUUACUGCAUGGCAUAGAGUUGAUUGUAGAACUAGAGAAGCUUUCCGUCGUAGCUUUCUUCCAGAAUUGAUAAGUGGAUAUGAGGAGUGCAUCCGGGACUUUGUCAAGGAGACUGGAGAUGGUGGUGUUCUUGAGUUAAAUGUUCAAGAUCCUUUCCGCCGGUUGUUGCUGCACGGUGUUUGUGAGUUCUACAACUUGGUGUCAGUAACAGUGACGCAAUCAAAGGGAACAGAGACAUUGAAAAUGACCAGAAUAAGGAAGAAGAAGGCCGGUGAUUUUGAGCUUCCGAACAUCACUCUUUGUAACUUUCUCAAGAUGGCGAAAGAAGGGAUCUCGUGAUCAUUGUCCAAUUAUGUGAUCAUGUAUUAUUGCACAAAUUUGUGCAUUGUCUUUUAGUUCAUGGAGAUCAAGUUUGGCAUUGAACCCUUGUACCAAAAAAUAACGUACUCAGUGCUUGUAGUUCAAAUGUUGUUGAAAUGAUUUGUUUCGUGAUGCGGGUAGAUUUGAUUUAGGCCUAUAGCAGGUGAAAUGUGUAUCUCUUGUAAAUUGAUUCUGAACAAAAGAUUCCUCAGAGACUGACUAACUGGAAAAUAAUGCAGGCUUAGCUGUUAUAUGUAGUUGAAUAAAAGUAAAUUGCCAAGA